GCAGGGGACUCAGCCUGCUGAAUGAGGCUGGGUUCGGACCCAGGCCACUUCCUGCCAUAGCAGGGUCUGCCCUCCUUGCUGUGACACUAGGUCCAGACUCAGAGGAAAGUCCUCACAGAGUAUGUUUGAUUUUCUCAGGUUGAUAUCCACUGCAGCUUUCUGUUCUCCAUGCCCCUCCUGCCUCCCAGGUUUGUGGUCUUAGUGGUGUCUCUCCCAUCCCUGGCCAGCUACUUCUUUCAUGGGGCAGCCCCUUUAGGGACUCUGUCUGUCUGCCAUCACAGGACCUUGGUGUGGCCCAUUGCCUUCCCAUGCUACAGGUUCUUGUUCCUCAUUCAGCCUUGUAAGACUGGGUUAUCAGUCAGGACACUAUCUGGGGACUUGGCUUUAUCCAAACAUGGUUGUUCUGGAGACUGGCACCUCAUCCCUGUCUGGUGCUUGGUGGCGCUUCAGGUUUCCCAUAUGGUUGAGGGACAGAUCUUUACCACCCAUUGCACAAUGUCCUUUUCUGCCAUGUCUCACAACCUGCCUGGCUCUGCACAACAUCAGCUGUCUCCUACAUCUUUCUGUAGGUGCGCACCCACCAUUUUAGGGUGCCUGUUUUGACUACAUGCUCACCUUGAGCAACAGCAGGGACUGAACCAGAAGGACGUUUCUCUCCUCCUAAAAUCAGGAGGAUGGUUCAGCAGGGUCACAGUGGCACUGCCUCAGAGAUGGAUGGGGUUAGUAUAGAGGGAAGCCUUGGCUUCCAUGCGUUUUACCUGGGAUCAAAGCCUGCAGCAGCUGCCUGGUGCUGGGAGGAUUGGAAACGCUGUCUCCCCAGUGGGGGAUACCCACUGAAUCCACUGUGGAGUAGGCAGCAGGGAGCAGGAAGGGUGUGACUCCAAGCUGAGGCAGAGCCAACAGAAUGUCAGCUCUCCAUGUGACUGGGGGGCUUCUUUUAUCGUGAUGGCAUUAUACAGGUGGGGAAAUCUUCCCUCUGUCCUUGGGAGCGUCUGGCAGCUGAUGUCUAUUGUGGUACCCUCCUCUGGUACGCCACUGAGCAUCCAGUUCGGUUUUUCUCGUUUUGAAAGCAAAAGGUGCUGGUUUACAUUUAUUUUUCAUUUCUACUGGUGAACACCUGGUUGUAAGUAAUUUUACUUACUUCUAGUGGCACAGUGGGCAUCCACAUGACCAGAAAGGUGAAACUCCAUUGCAGAGCAGGCAUUCCCAUGUGCAGGUUUUAGCAUUUUCUUUCUUUAACCUGUACAGUUCUAGGAUAUCACUGAGCCCUCAUCAUCUUAAAAUGCCUCUAAAGAAAUGCCACUGCACAAAUAUAGUGCUGAAGCUAAAUGAGUGACCUAAUUUUGUGUCCCACAAACCCCACUCCCGCGCAGCACACUUCUGCUCUGAACAGAGAUCCUUGAGAAGUGGGAUUGUGUGUUGGCUGUCAGAACUGGCCAGACUAAAUCACCUUGGUGUUCAUGCAUUAACAGGUGCGUGUGACUGCUUUCCUGCUCGCUGCCAGCCCUGUGAACUCCAUCUGGAGCAAGACAGCCAAAUUGCCAUUUUUCUGGAGCACAGGGCAGGCCAUCCUGCCUUUGGACUGCUCCUGUUGGUAACACGUGAGCAGACCAAAGUUAUCUUCUCUCACCCAGACCUACGCAUGCCUGGCUGAGCCACUGAGAGCAAGCAGGCAAAAUACUCCUUGGGUAAAGGCAGUACACUGUCUGCAUCCAGGCAGACACAGAGAGCAGCCCAGUUGUGAAGCUGGCAUUUUCCCUCUACCAGAACUGCUGAACUGCAUUAAACAGAUUAUGUUCUUUCUUAGUUCACUAGGAAGAAAGGAGAUGGAGGGAAAGUGGCUUGAGGAAUUGAUGUUUUUCUUAUAUCAAACUCAGUGGGAUGCAUUUUGGGGCUUAAAGUGCAGCAGAAGGAACAUUGUGACACUUGUGAAAAGGCAGCAAGCUGGCAGGCAGCUGUCUGCAGCAUGUGUAGUUGACCCUGGCUUCGCUACAUGAGCUGGCCCUGAUUACUGCACCUGAACAGCAGUGUUGUGGUGUGCGUGGCAGGACAGACAGUGACCCUGACUCACGUUUCUGGGUGUCAUUUUCCUCUGGUCUAGGUUGCUUUUGUCUCCAAUACUUAUGCUCCUGUAAUCUCACUCUACAGCACUCCUACUACAAUGGGUAUUUAUUACAUCUAUUUUCUUUUCUCUGAUCAGGAUCUUCAGUCACUGAUGGUUUAAACGUCCUGGAUGGUGUGAUGAGAAACAGCUUUGUGGCCAGAAGCAGCGGAACACCAAGAGAGCAGAGAGUUUGCUUCCCAGAUUGCCUGAAACCAAACCUGAGCGAUUUAUCCUGCUGCAUUCACCUCAUAUUCUGACCUUCCACACGUAAGAGGAUGAUGUUAACUCUGUAAGCAGUUCCAUCCAGCUAAUCGGCUUACCUCACACUCCAGCAUCCAUUUCUGAGCAGGUGACAGGACCAUGGGUGACACACAGAAGGGCAAGAUUCAUCAGGGAAGUCCUGUGAGAGCUGGACUGCAUCUGUUCCCCUCCAGAAUGCUCAAAGGAGAUAUCCUCCAGGAUGCUGAUCAAAGACAUGACUGCAAGCAGGAGCUGGAGAUAAAAAGUGAGGUGGAGACAUCUUAUGGAGAGGGGCAGAGAAUGGUAACUCCCUGUGGGAUGGAAGUCUGGGGGUGCGACAACAGUGAUAGAGCCCACAUGAGCAAGGCUGUCCUUGCUGGUGACAAGCCAGACCCAACCAUUUGUAGGAACGGUGCCAUUUGGAUUCAACAGAUAGGAGAGAAAACCUUUGAGUGUCCCGAGUGCGGGAAGGGCUUCAGCCGGAGCUCAUACCUGAGCCAGCACCAGAGGAUCCACCUGGCAGAGAAACCCUUCAGCUGCUCCGAAUGUGGGAAGAGUUUCACUCGCAACUCAGACCUCAUCAAACACCAGCGGAUCCACACUGGUGAGAAGCCCUACCAGUGCAGUGAGUGUGAGAAGACCUUCAGCCAGAGGUCCAAUGUGAUCAGGCACCAGCGGACCCACACAGGAGAGAGACACUACCAGUGCAAUGAAUGUGGGAAGAGCUUCAGCCAGAACUCCCACCUCAUUGUCCACCAGCGGAGCCACAAGGGUGAGAAACCCUUUAAUUGCCCACGGUGUGAGAAAAGCUUCAGCGAUCGCUCCUCCCUGAUCAUACACCGCAGAGUCCACACUGGAGAGAAGCCUCACAAGUGCCAGGAAUGUGGGAAGCGUUUCCGGGACAGCUCGGCCAUCAUUCGGCAUCAGAGGAUCCACACAGGAGAAAAACCAUAUGAGUGCACCGAGUGUAGAAAAGCCUUCCGGCAGAGCUCCUCACUGGUGACCCACAUGCGAACACACACAGGUGAGAAGCCCUACAAGUGCCCUGUGUGUGGGAAGGGCUUUAGCCAGAGCUCAGCGCUCACCACUCAUCGCCGGAUCCACGGUGGGGCAGCCUUGCCCAUAUACCAUGGUAGCCUCCUGCCCAACCCCUACCAGUGCACUGAGUGUGGCCGGAGGUGCAGCGACCGCUCCACCCUGACCAAGCACCAGAGCACGCACGCUGAGGAGCGGCCCUACAUAUGUGUGGAGUGCGGGGACAGCUUUCGACGGAGCUCAGCUCUCAACGUGCACCUGAGGAUCCACCGUGGGGAGAGACCAUACAAGUGUGAGGAGUGUGGAAAAGCGUUCAGGCACAGCUCAGCCCUCGGUGCCCACCUGAGGAUCCAUGCAGGAGCCAAGCCCUACGAGUGCGGCGAGUGUGGGAAAAGCUUCCGGAAAAGCUCAACACUUAAAGUGCAUUUGAAGAUCCACACAGCCAAGAAACAUUAUAAAUGUGUGCUGAGUAGGAGAAUGCUCACUUCCAGCUCACUUCUGCCAUAGGGCUGCAGUGGAUGUUCAGAACGGGAAACAAAAGCAGUGAUUGAGGAUACCUGAAAAGGGUGGGUGAUGAGAACCACGUUGGGAAGAGGCUGACUGGAGACAU